GUUUUCAGAAACUCAUUGUGGGUCUCUGAGCAAAGUCAGUAACUGGACCGAAAGUAGUCCUCUUAUUGCUGCAACUCUCGCUAGCUAGCUUGCCUGCAUAUGGCCAGACAAAGCAUACCGAGACACAAGGUUUCCUCAGGCAGACUGACAUGCUCUGGGCGGGGGAAGCCCAGCAAGAAAAACGCUGUUGGAAGACAUGGCACUCUUGAACCAGCAUAUUCCCUUUACUCCACUGAUUCAGAAGAUCAGGUAACAGCAGUACACAAAGGCUUGGAUCGCUGUGCAGCUUUACUGAGCGGAAUACUUCAAGCUGAAAAGACCGCAGAAUUCAAGUCACAGUCCCGAGUGCCAAAGACCACUUCUUCCAAACCCAGAUCCAAACUGUCUUCUGGCAAGAUGGAGGCGGAGAGAAAGAGACUUGGCAAAAAGUCCAGUUCAGUCACUCAUCUAGCCAAGAGACCAACUCCAGUGCAGAAGACUAUCUUGUCCGCCCAAUCUUGCCCAGGCUUAAGAGGGCAGCCAUGUUUCCAGGAUGAGCAGCAUCCCCCUGCUGUUGAUAUGGUAACUAGGUCAGAGGUCAAGCAACCCAGACUGAACCCAGGGACACAGACAGAGCAUGUUCAACCACACUCUGUUCCUCUGGGCUGCUCUGUGUCAGACAGUAGAAAUGGCCUUUCAUUAACAGAACAGCAGACCUCCACUGUGUUUAACUGUCGCCUGACAACAUCCACCCCAGCCCUAAGCCCUCAGACGCCCACAUCUGUUCACAGCCAAGUGUCUCAUGCAGGUUCAGGUGGAGAGACACAGCAUGUUACUCGGCACUGGGCCAUAGCCACUGGACCAUCAGGUCCACACGGCUCUUUAAAGACUGCCGUUCCAACUGCCCAGUACACAGCCUCACACUCUGUAGCACCAGCCGUCCAACGUUACGCCUCUGUACCGGCAGAGCUUCCACUCGCCAGUUCCGUCUUCAGUGCGCCUCAAGCGGGUUCAGUGGGGCAGAGCUCCCCUCUACAUACACAGUGUGGAGCUCGGACGUGCCAUCCACCGCCGACGGCUACACCGGCACCCCCCCCGAGACCCAUUACAAGCCAGCCCCAGGUUGAUCCACACCCUCCUUUGGAGCAUGCAAGUUCCCAGGAACAGCAGCUCUCAUCUGGGGAGAGCUCAGAGGACAGCGGGGGUUGCACCAGUGAGGAGGACGAGCUGGAGGGGGUGGACGUCAUGCCAGUGAGGGACACGAGCUGUCAGACCAGCAUGGACAGACACACAGUAAUGCUCAGUCAAAAAAACAAAUUGCCCAGCCCAGAAAAGACAGCCAGAAAAGUGAAGACUGUCAAAUAUCUGUUGGGUGAACUGAAGACACUGGUAGCUCACCAAGACAGCGAGGCGGUGCGUCUCAUCGCGGAGGUGGAGGAGAGUGUCUCCCUGCUGCCCGCCAUGGUGGGCAGCACCAACGUGCAGGCCGAGCUCGCCCUGGCGCUGCAGCCACUCAGGAGCGAGAACGUGCAGCUCCGCAGGCGUUUGAGAAUCCUGAACCAGCAGUUACAGGAGCGUGAGAGAGCCGAAAGGCAGGCUAGACCCGUGGACUGCAAUCUGGAAUUGGUCUCACUGCAGUCACUAAACUUCACACUUCAGACUCAGUUGAAUGACAGUCAUAGAGAACUGGGCAGCCUUCGGCAGGAGAACCAGAGACUACGGCAGGCUCUGGAGGAGAAAGGGAACGAUCUGCAACACAACAGAGAGCAGUGCGAGUUAGAGACCAGUCGCAUACGUAUGGAUGUGCAUGAGGCACUGGAUGAGAUGAGAAACUGCCAGGCUAAAUUUGAACAUUUGGAAAGGGAAAACGGUGCACUGACACAAAGUCUACAUCAGAAGGAGGCCGAGAUAACAGGACUGCAAGAGAUCAUCAGGGAUGUCGGAAGUACAGUAGAGCAUUGUGCCUGCACCAUUCCUGCAUCUUAUGAUGGGAAAAGCAGACAUCUUCAGAAAAGCCCUACAAGAAACACUGCCUGCCAUUUUACACAGACAGAAGAGCCUAAACCUUCAUCUCAUCUUAGCAGGAGGGUUCUAGAUUUGCACGAGAGUCAGCAGGAAGGGAAUACUGUAUCCAGCCGAGUGUCGGAGUCUGUUCAGAUCUAUCUGCAGACUCUAAAGGGUGCAGGCUGUGCCCCUGAACAAUCUCAUGCCCUGCCCCAACAACUCUCUCCCCCUUCCUCUGACAAGUGGAGCGCUACAGAGGAUGGCUGCAGAUUACCAGAGGCACAGGCCAGUUCACCCAAAGUGCUGCGUGUGCACAGAUCAGCACAGCACAGCGCAGCCAAGAGCUGGACUCAGGAAAGAGGGCCGAGGGAAAGCCAUUUUGUCCCUCCCAGAGAGACGGCAGCAGCCGCCCAGAAACGGUUCCCAGUGCAGCCUAACGGGGUGAAUCGGGUAGAGGGGACAAACUCUCAUGGUGGACUGAAAUUUUUGGGGCUGGCCUUUGAAAAGCUUGGUAUCUCAAAUGAACUCCCAAGUCAAGACCUCAAAGUUCUGGAUGAAAACAAAGUCAGGGGGUUUCCCUCACAUUCUGACAGGGUGGGCUUGCAGGUCACACAGACCGAUGAGGACGCGGUUGACGUUUUGGAACAACUCCAACCAGCCAGGCGCUGUCUGUGGAUGGGGGGUGAUGCAUCAGUGUACACAGGACAGCAACCUGUUUUUGAGAGCACUUUUUCCUCCUGUGAUAUAAAAUCCUUAGCCUCAGACUGCAGUGUGAACUCCUGGUCCACAUUUAACACUUGCAAGGAGAAAGAAUUCCAGAAUGGUUUAGCUGCCCUGGAUGCCAGUAUUGCCAAUCUACAGAGAACCCUAAAAGCCGACCUUAAGAUAUAAGUUUUCAGAUGAAGAUAAAAAUGUGUAAGUUAUUGUGUGUGUGUGUGUGUGUGUA